UUCAGGCUGUACAGAAUCUGUGCACUUUUUAGCGGUUAAUUUCAAAAGCGUGUAAAAAUUUCCCGCCGAAGCCAUCUGUACCUAAAGUUUCGUUACGGUCGGUUUGGGUUCAUCUAAACAAUACCCGAAUUCUAAACUCCAUCUCUGCGAUCUCUCGCCGUGGCCGCCAGCUCCAUAGAUCUCCAUUGUCGCAACCGAAUCCUGUAGAGACCUCCAUCGUCGUCGCCGUCACCUCGAGGCGCAUACCAGCCAAUCGCACUGGCUGCCUACUGUUACAGAAAGCAAGCGUCGAUUUCAGAGACCUCCAGGCAACACUCUUGCUUCGACGAAGCUACAACUUCCGCAUCUUUUCCAGACGUUUCAGAAAAUCUCGAAUUGCAUCGAAACCCAUUUCUCCAAUUUCACAUCCCAUCCUCAACGCCUCCCAACCCCUGGCAAAAACCCACUGUUCUCCAUCUCAUCAUCAUCAUCAUCAUCAUCAUCAUCAGGAGCCAUCAAAUACACUGCCCUUCUCCAACCCAAAGACAUUGUCAACAAGACAUAAGGCUUUUUAGCUGUUUGACAAAAUUCCUCAAUGGAAGAUGUAUGCAAAAAAGGGAUAUGAGCUAGUGAAAGAAUUUGCCAGCGGUGAAAAAGGCCAGCUUCAGCCAUUUAAUGAGGAUCUGGUUAAUCAAGUUAUAGAUCAAUGUGCUCAGCAUUACCUUGAGCUUCAGGGUUUGAUAAGGAAAAUGCAGGGAGAAAACGUGGAUGUGAGAGAAACUAGAAAUGCAGACCACCAUGGGGCACUUAUUCACCACCUUGCUUUAAUUCGCAACAAGCGCUGCUUAAUGGCGUAUGUGUACAAUCGAGCGGAAAUUAUACGUAAUUUGGCAUGGAAAGUAGGGCUUGAGCUUUUGGAGCUCCCAGAAGAAAUUCAAGAGAAGAUCAGUCACUCAGAGAAAAACUAUUAUGGGAAGCAUUCUGCUGCUCUGCAAUCAUAUAUGGCAGAUGUGGGCAUUGAUUUGAAUGUGGAUAUGGUGCCUCCCAAAGAUCCCUACAUCAAGGUGAGAGUCCUCGAUGAUAUGGGUGAAGGGAUAUUACUAAGUGAUAAGACAGCCAAUCUUGCCCGCCACUCAAUGCACUUUCUGAAACGAACUGAUGCCGAGCAGUACAUUGCACGGGGUUUGAUGGAAGAGCUUACAGGCUGACCCUAAAGUAGUGGAAUCCCCAGAAACAAUUGAAAGGACUUCUUCAUUACAACAUGAUAAUUUAAGUUCUUCAGUUAUGAUUUUAGCUUGAAAUGAAAAAAAAAAAAAAAAUUGUGUAAAUCUUUGUUGGAAGUAAAAAAUUUUUGGAUACAUUGUUCUUUCAUGUAAUAUUCAAAUCUCGGAUUAAUUUAUAUAUUUAUAUUAGAGUUU